CUUGCGUCACUUGUUGACGUCGCGUUGAUUUCGAGUGGAGGAAUUAUUUAUUUAUAAACUGACGCAAGGGCGCUAAAUCUAAAAUAAACCGCAAAUAAGAUGUAAUAAUCCAUUAUGCAUAUACCGAUGAAGCAGCUUCACGCAUGAGAGCCUUUUCUUACUUUUCUGAUUCUGGUGUAGACGUUACAUCCUUGGAAAAUGGCACCCCGCGUAAAACUGGAGAAAGCCGCUUGGCUGUGGGUGGAAACUGUAAAACCAGAAGACAUAAAGCAGGAACAUGUAGAGCUAGCAUAUCGGAUCAACAUCCCGGCCUGCAACAGAGGAAUCUGCAGGAGGAAUUGCAAGGGGAACCCAAACUGUCUUGUGGGUAUUGGGGAACAGGUGUGGCUUGGAGAGAUUGAUGAAAACACUUUCCAUAACAUUGAUGAUCCAAAUUCAGAACGCAGAGAAAAGAACAUAUUUGUUGGCCUGACCAACCUCGGUGCAACUUGUUACGUCAACACAUUCCUGCAAGUGUGGUUCCAUAACCUGGAGCUUCGUAGGAGCCUUUAUAAGUGCCAAAAUUCAAGGGCACAGGAACACAAUAUUGAUUCUGAUUAUGAGCCCCAGUCAAUAUGUGAGCAUCUACAGUAUCUAUUUGCACUUCUGCAAAAUAGCAACAGAAAGUACAUCGACCCCUCAGGGCUGGUCAAAGCACUGGGUUUGGAUACAGGACAGCAACAGGAUGCCCAGGAGUUUUCCAAUCUUUUCUUGUCCUUGUUGGAGGAGACAUUGUCCAAGGAGAAGAAUCCCAACUUGCAAAAUCUCAUCCAACAGCAAUUCUGUGGGCAGUUCUUCUAUGUCACAAUAUGUAAUCAGUGUGGAAGAUCAUCUGCUUUGCCAUCCCGGUUCUAUGAGCUGGAGCUGAAUAUUCAGGGCCACAAAAACCUCACAGAAUGCAUCACAGAGUUCCUCAAGGAAGAAAAGCUGGAUGGAGAGAACCGCUACUUCUGUGAAAAUUGCCAGAGUAAACAAAAAGCCACCCGCAGGAUCAGACUCCACAGCCUUCCUCCAACGCUUAACCUGCAGCUCAUGCGCUUUGUCUUUGAUAGACAAACCGGUCUUAAGAAGAAGCUGAACACUUUCAUCAACUUUCCUGAGCAACUGGACAUGGAACCGUUCUUGGAACGAAAACUAGACCAGAAAUGUGUCUACGAGCUAAGUGCAGUGCUAAUCCACCGAGGAAUCAGUGCCUACUCUGGACACUACAUUGCCCAUGUGAAGGAUGCUCUAACUGGUGACUGGUACAAAUUCAAUGAUGAAGAGAUAGAAAAAAUGGAAGGAAAGAAGCUCCAGCUUGGUAUCGAAGAGGACAUUGCUGAGACUGGCAAAACACAAUCACGAAAACCAAAAUGCAGUAAAGGCUACCACUGCUCUAGAAAUGCCUACAUGCUGGUGUAUAAACUCCAGGAAGAGGAGAGCUCGGAUUCCUUGAGGACAAAUGUUGAAGUCCCAUCAUUCCUUCAGAAAUUGGUAGACCAAGAUAACCAUAAAUUCGAAGAGUGGUGCAUGGAGAUGGCCAACAUGAGAAAACUGAGUGUGGAUAAGGGCAGGGCCAAGCAUGAAGAGGUGAAAGAGCUCUACGACCUUUUACCUGCAAAAGAUGGAGAACCAUAUGAAUUUAUUCCCCUGGACUGGCUGAAGAAAUGGCUUGACGACUCAACUGCAACAAAAGAAAUUGAUACCUCCAUCUUUCUUUGUUCUCAUGGAAAACUGCACCCAGACAAGAUGGGAGAAAUCAAGAGGGUUUCGCUGCAAGCUGCAAAACUCCUGUAUGAACGCUACGGGGGUGGGCCAAGACUUGAUGGUUCCUCUCUGUGUAGAGACUGCGUCAGCGAGCGAUGCAGGGUUCUGCGGCUAAAAAAGCAACUUGAUGAAGACUACAAGGAAAUUUCAAAUCUAGUAAAACGCAUGCCCAGUAGUGAGGGCUACUGGGUGGGCAAGGCAUCUUUGCGUAGCUGGAGGCAGUUGGCUUUGGAACAACUAGAAGAAGAUGAUCAUGAAUCCAGACACAGCAAUGGCCAGACCAAUGGCCAGGGACCAUACACUAACAACAAGUUUGACCUGGAUGUCUCAGGUGGUGCUGAAGAUGAGACCGAGACGUUCAAUGAAGAUAUUAUUUGCAAUCAUGGAGGGCUGAGUAUUCUGGAGGCUGAGCGGAAGUUGGUAUCGACUGAAGUUUGGACUAAACUGAGAGAAUACUUUCCCAAAGCCCCAGAAUUCCCUCACAUUCAAGAGCCAUGUCGGCAGUGUCUGACUUUAGAGCAGGAGGAAAAGGACAACGAGGCAGUCAGUAAAAUGAUGGCUCUUGACCAGAAGAACCAGCUACUCAACCUCUUCCAUGAAAAGAACCGGCCGACGCUCAUCAAGUGGCCUCAGGGCACAGAUAGACUUUACAUCGUUCCUCUGUUUUUUGUGGAAGAGUGGAGAAAGUUUAUCAGGAGACCCACAAAAUCUUCUCCAGUGUCUAAUGUGGGCAACUCAUUGCUUCUCUGUCCUCACGGCGGCUUCAUGUUCACCUUUGACUCCCUCAUCAAUGGAGAGGCCCAACAUAUAGCUCUGUUGUGGCCUAACGAAUGGGAAGUGAUCAGCAGACUCUUCAUCGUUGACAAGCCAAUAGUUAUCCACUGUGUGAGACAGACCACAGCAGAUAGCUCCACCACGCAAUACACCACCCAGCCUGAUCUAUGCUGGGAGUGCAGAGAGAGCUUCCUGUUCCAGCAGCAGAGGGACCUGAGAGAGUAUACCCAGGCAACUGUCUACAUACGCAAAGUCAUUGAAGACAAAAUGACAGCAAAAGAUGGUACCCCAGAACUGAAUGCUUGCAGCUCUGAAGCAGAAGAGGAGAGGGAAGAGCUUCCAAAAGUGGAUGGAGACAAAGACCCAGACUUCAGUCAGUCACAAGAUGGUGCAAAGCGGAUGAAAUUGAAUGACAGCUGUGAGGCUUCAGCAGCUACUAUUUCUGGAACCAGUAUGAUCAAAUCAGGAGGAAUCAGAAGAAGUACCCGCCACAGGAAACUUAGAGGAGAGAAAGCACUCAUUGUUUCAGCAAAUCAGACACUAAAAGAGCUGAAGAUUCAAAUUAUGCACGCCUUUUCUGUGGCUCCAUUCGACCAGAACCUCUCUAUCGACGGAAAAGGUCUUACAGAUGACUCGGCCACAUUAGGCAGCCUGGGUGUUAUCCCAGAAUGCAUCAUCUGUUUGAAGGCUGAUGAACCAGUAACAGAUUAUGCCGCAAUGGAUGAUGCCUAUCAGGAGCAGCUACGAAGAACGGGCCCCUGGGCUGAUCUGAGCUGCUCCCAGCUGGGGUUGAUCAUCUGGUGCUUGGGCUGGAGCGGAGCUUGGGCUGUCAGUGAGAAUGCCUGAGGAGGGGUUUAAAGGUACAGGCCUCCUUGGGCACUGACACUGCUGUAGCCAUAGCUAGAUUCCAUGGAAAUUGGAGGAAAAAUGCUUGAAUAUGUGAAGUGUCAAUAUAUAAAUAAGUGCUUUAUUUUUUUUAUGUUAUGGCUAGGUUUUCUUUGAUAAAACUGUGACUAUGUUGUAAAGAAUCUGUUUUCCUUUAUAUAAGGAUGGCUGGUUUUUUAAAAAAGUUUUUAAAGUUCAAAGUUUGUUAAUUAAAGUGUUUGUUCUUACUUCAGGCUGACCAAUCUGAACAAGUUGAAAGAAAGGGAAAGAACCUGUUGUUCUCCAGAUUGUGGCUUUAGUUUAGUUUGACUGUUGGCCAAGAAAAGUAGCUAGUUCUUUUUCUUUAAAUUAUAGGUAAAGAAAAAUGUAAGACAAUGUUUCAUCUUUCCAUUAUGUGGAGGCUUGUGUACUUACUGGUCAAUUUACAGAAUUGUAAAAAACAAUGCACAUGUAAUUAGCAAAACUCUUAAAUGUGGGAACAUUUACUAGCUCGACAUCAUAACAUCAAAUCAGUACCAUACACAUUAUCAUUCAGAAACUUGGGGAAAAAAACUGCUAGAGAUGUGUAGAAGUUUUUCCCCUUAAGUUUCAACAGUAAAAUAUGAAUUAAAAGUAAAAAAAUUAAUAUAAAUAGUUACAUGUCCAGUUCUUUUCCCUGUUAUUUCUUAUGGACAAUAAAGCUAUUUUCAAGGCUC